CCAUUCAGAGAGAUUACAUCCACUACAGAGACGGUGUGCUGCAGGCUUCAUCAUGUCCGUCUACGGAACAGAACAGAAACUCCUGUAUCUUCUCGUCGUGGUGAUGGCGGGAGCAGAGGUCCAGGACAGCAUCUCCCCGGAGUGUAAGCAGUUCUUGUACAUGGGGACCGUGCCGCGAGGACUCGAGGAGCAGCCUUUGAAAAAGAUCUGCCAGUACUAUUUAGGCAAGCCGCGGUUCUUCACCCUCUAUGACACCUUCAGCCACAUCCCUGUUUACUCUGCUUACACUUUCAAGCGCUCAGACGGCUCCAAAAAGGUUGAUGUGCCCUGGAUGUACGAGCCACAGCUUUCAUUGGUGUCUGCAUCCAGAGAAAUGGAGCCUUUGCCUUCUGUAAAUAUUCACAAGGGUGUUGAGGAUUCCCAGGCUGUCCUCGACGACUACUCCGACACUGUGAUCUUCGAACGAGGCCAGCUCAAUCCAGACGAGCACCAGGCCGACCCGGAAGACAAAGCGGCCACCUACACACUGACCAACGUGGUUCCCAGAGUCCGAGAGUUCAACAUCGGUCCUUGGAAAACCCAUGAACACACCGUACGCAAGAGGCUGAACAACUACUGCCGUGGAACCGCCUACGUGGUCACAGGGAUCACCACCUCAGGCCACACCAUUCGCCGCCUAAACGUCAACCGCCUGGGCAUCCCUACCUACCUCUGGUCGGCCUACUGCUGCAUCGACUUUGAUCACAACGCUCCGUACUCGGAGCGCUCAAAGUUCCCCGCCUUCGCUGCUCAUGGGCUCAACGACAGGGAAAGCAACAGGGUCCAAGAGAUGACGGUGCAGCAGCUGGAGGACUUCCUGAAGAGGGUGACAUACGUCAGCACCUCCUUCCAGCUCUUCUACGACAACUGUGUUCCUCCUAAUACUGCCAACAGUCCCCUGCAUUUGGCCUGAGAAAAGAAAAGUAGAUGAGUUCUUAGUUACGUUUUCCCAGGGUAGACGAUCUAAACUUCUCCAUGUUAGGAUCUUGACUUAUUUAUGUUUAACGUAACCUUUAUUUCAUUGGGUACCCAGCGAUCUUAGUUAGAAGUAUCCAUUCAAAAAAAACAACAACCUGAAGUUCUCCAACACAGCUCAGUAUGCAUCACUGAUAUUAUUUCUUUAGUGGUGCAUCACUGAGCUUUGGUUAUAUACAAAUGCCCAGAAACUCUUUACUCCCGUUAUCCGUUUUGUGCUGUCUGGCAGUAGCUGGAAAGAUACCUGCCUGUGAAGGCCGUUUGUUCCACCAAAACAGAUAACACCGGUGUUUUACAUUUUCUAUCCCAGCCUCUUUAACUGCAGUACCGCUGAGGAGCUUGGCUUUUCCUUUCAGGCAUAACCAGUAGAAUACAGCUAAAUGAUCGCGCUGUCCUGCACAACAACUAAAUCAAAGAAACAUGUUCACUUUGACAGGCCAGGAAUUUUAUUAGGCUCUAAUGGACUAUUCUGGAUUUGAGGAAAACAUCAAGUUAUUUAUAUUUAGAUCUGGACCCCUGCUGCGGUAGUAAUCUGAAUAAACAGA